UCUGGCUGUUUCGCUUUCCUUCCGCUGAGCGCUCCCCAUCCCCUCCGAUCUCUCUACCACCGCCCACCGCCACCACCCAAAGCCGGCGACCCGGCGGCGGCCACCGCGCGCGGGGUCCUUCUCGGCGUCAUCCACGGCCGCACUCAGGCUCGCGGCGGGGUCUCGUCUCCCUCCAGCUUCGCCGUCCGGGGAAGCCGGUUUCGUCGGCAGGUUGAGUUAGUGGUCGAUUGAAGUGAAACUGUAUUGCUAUCUUCAACUGCCAAGGCAAUGGCCUACGAGAUCAGUGAGAUCAAAAAGAUUGGCAUAGGUCUGGUGGGAUUUGGCAUCCUAUUCUCGUUCCUUGGUGUUAUCCUUUUCUUCGAUAGGGGCUUGUUGGCUCUGGGUAAUAUUUUCUUUUUGACUGGAGUGGGCCUAUUACUUGGAUGGCAAUCUAUGUGGCAACUUUUCACGAAGAAGGCAAACCUUAAGGGAUCUGUACCUUUCUUCAUUGGUCUGUUUCUUCUUUUUGUCCGUUGGCCUGUUGCUGGUAUAAUCAUGGAACUAUAUGGAUCUUUUGUGCUCUUCAGUGGUUAUGGGCCUCCCAUCCAGGCGUUCCUAUAUCAAAUACCUAUCAUUGGUUGGAUUCUGCAAUAUCCAUUCCAGCUGUUUGCUCAGUUGAGGCGUAAGCGUGCUUGAAACCUUCUGCACUGCCAAGAUAUAGCAUGCAGUUGUGAUGCUGAUACAAGAACCACCUGUACCCUUCACCUUGCCUCGAAAUGAUCUUUCAAGUCUUGUGUGCAUAUGCAUACUUUGUGGAUUCUAAUAUUCAGUCGUUCUGAGUAGUUUAUUAUUGUUCAUAUUUAGACAAAGUAGAGCUUCGAAAGGUGUUGGAUGGUGGAUGCUCGGUUUGUUGAAACAGGAGGACCUCAUUGCCUUUCAUCAUCCCGACAACAAACUGUGGGGUUAUAGUGAUCACACCUGGUUUAUUUCCGAUUCCUGGGAUCUGGACGCAAUUUGCCAUGUUACUUGCAAGUUGCCAGAAACUUGUGUAGAAGAAACUAUAUUCAGAAAUCUUGCAAGGAGCUUGGUGGCUCACCUGAUGACUAAUAUCUGUGUGAUUUGAUUCAUUUUUGUCCAAUGAAUGGCCUUCACAGGGUGAAACGGCUGUGGUAUUUGAA